AUGGCAGCUCAAGAACUGCUUAAAAAUGAAUCUGUGAACUGCUCUAUUCAAGUGGAGGCAGAAUCUUCCAAUCAGAUCUCGUACGAUAGAUGUAUGGAAAAAAGUAGUAAAACCACCAUGCCGCAACUGCCAGAUCUGUCUAAAUUAAUAGAUAAACUAAAGAAUGAUCGUGAGUUUCAUGAAGUUAAAGAUGGAAAAGAUGAAGAUCUUUUACAUCCUGAUUAUUUGGACUACUUCUGUGAAAUAUAUAAUGUCACUAGAGUUCGCCCAUUGUUUGUGGACCAUUCCGGAUUUAUGCUUUUGGUUUUAGAUAAUUGUGGCUUUAU